AGCGUGUGGAGGCAUUACGGCAACUUCCAAAACCUCUAACAGUUACAGGAAUGAGGAAAGUGAUGGGACUUUUCAACUAUUGUCGUCAGUAUAUUCCUGAUUUUGCCAGCAUCACCAGCCCCCUCAUUGACUUGUACAAGGGAGGAAAGCCUGGAAUGGAACAGAUAAACUGGACACCGGAAGCUGAGGAAGCAUUUACUUCAAUGAAAGAAAAACUGACUUCAGCCCCAGCCUUGGGACUUCCUGAUGGACGAUUGCCAUUUCAUUUGUGGACCAGGGUGGGAGAUGAGACGUACUCAGCAGUACUGUGUCAAAAACCAGGUGAUCGAUACAAACCAGUUGGAUACUUUUCCACAAAGAUUCCUGUUACAAUGAUUGGUCAACCACGAUGUAUACAAGCUCUCGAUGGUGCCACAUGGGCAGUGGAUGCUGUGGAAAAUUUGAUAGGAGCACAAACAAUCAUAUUGCAUACUCCACACAGUAUAGUGACGUUGCUGAACAACACAAACAUCAAGACCAUUACUGAUGCAAGGAGAGCAAAAUGGGAAGCAACUUUGUUGAACAAGGAUUUGAGAGUGGAAAUCAUCAGAGACACAUCCCUUAACCCUGCAACGAUGAUGAUCGAACCACACGAGGGAACACCACAUGAGUGUGAAAAACAAGUAGAAGAAGAAAGUCUUGGUCCUGUUAAUCCAACACCUCUUGAAAAUCCAGACAAGGAGUUAUGGGUCGAUGGAUCCAGUUACUAUGUUGAUGGAAAACGACAUACUGGAUGGGCUGUAGUGGAAGCUGAUGGAAAUGUCGUGAAGAAAGGAGCUCUUUCUGGGCAUUUUUCAGCACAAGUAGCUGAGCUCAUAGCACUUGCAGAAGCUUUCGAAUUAUCGGAAGGACAACGAGUCAACAUCUACACAGAUAGUCGUUAUGCUUUUGGAGUGGUCCAUGACUACCUUGCCCUGUGGAAAAAACGUGGACUUAUCACCAGCAAUGGGAGCGAAAUACAACAUGCUUCCAUAAUUCGUCGUUUGAUUGCAGCAUGUCACCUACCCAGAGAAGCAGCCGUGAUCAAAGUAAAAUCACAUCAAUCUGACAAGUCCAAAGAAAGUCAAGGAAACACGGCAGCAGAUGCAGCGGCCAGAGAAGCAGCACUACUUCCUCUUACUCCUGUUACCUUGGUACAGGAAAACAGCAAAGAUAAUCCUGAGCUCCGCCUUCUGUCAUAUCAAACUGAGACAGAUGAAGAGAAAGAACAAUGGAUAAAAGCGGGAGCGAAAGAGGAUGAUCAAGGUAUCUGGAGAAUUCCAACAGGACAAGUGGUGAUGCCUAUCGGAACAAGAAGGGAACUAAUGCAGCUGUAUCAUGGAAAAGUACAUGCUGGAGCAAAAGCAAUGAAAGCUCAAAUCAGCGAGACGUGGUGGUGGCCACGAAUGAUGAGAGACAUUGAUGAUUACUGUAGAAGAUGCUUGAUAAGAGCAAUGGUUCUGCCUCCUGAUGCUCCGCCGCCUGCGGGAACAGGAGGAGACUCUACUUUGUUCCAAGAGAAGCUACGACGCUAUCUUACAAUGCUGGACAAAGCAAUCAAAGACAAUAAUAAGAAAGUGCGAGAAGCUCAACAGCAAUGGGAUGAAAAACAUACCACUACUGACAUUCCACACAUUCCUGAGUUAGGCAGUUUUGUUAUGGUCAAACGUAUUCCCAGGAAAGGUUUAGAACCUAGGUGGGAGGGGCCAUAUGAGGUACUCUUAACAACAGAUACAAGUGUCUGCCUAAAAGGGAAGGGUGUAGGAACAGAUAGAUGGUAUCAUUGGUCACAAGUUAAACCUUGCUUAGUGAAUGAACAAAAUGAUGAAGGCUUAGGACCUGAGAUUGAGCACUGUUCACUCAUUAACUUUGGGAAAUAGGAGUGAUGAUUAAUUAUUUUUCUGCUUCCAUUUCAGGAAUCAAUUCCAUUGACAUUGAUUAGAGAUGGUCGCAAGUUAUUCUCGAUACACAACGACAAUGGUAUGCUUGUUUUUAAUUUUACUUGGCAUUUACCAAGGAAGCCAAGCUUUAUGGACUCCUCGAGUUCAAGAAAUUACUCGUAAUGCAACCCUGAAAUCU